ACUCACACCCUUCUGAUUCUUUUCCCCUCCAACCGGGGGGGGAGGCGAGAGGCUCUGGGGUGCAUAGCUGCCCAUCAAGAUUAAAGCCCGACACGGGGAAAGGGCUUCUGGUCCUCGCACGCUGCAAAAAGCACUUUGUGGUGAGCAGAAACGGGAGUUGCCAUCACUUCAAGAACAGCUGUGGUUCUGCAGGAGGCUCCAGGACAGGAUUUGCUGCUCGCCCAGUCCUCCCAUGAGCGUUGGUUUGUGUUCUGACGUGCCCUCUUGCCAACCCUGGUGCCAAGUGGAUCUGCCUUUGAUUGGCUGGCUCUGAAGUGUUUGCACACCGGAGCAGUAAGCUGCUUCCAGCUUGGUUCAGACCGGAGCUCUGCACCUGGACUGCUGAGAUGAUGGGGUCAAGGUUCCCCUGGCUGCUCUGGGCCUACGCGUGCUGCUGGAGCACUGGCUUUUGUGGGAAGGUGGUGGUCUGGCCCACCGAUGCAAGUCACUGGAUCAAUGUGAAAGUGCUGCUGGAAGAGCUCGUUCUCCGGGGUCAUGAAGUGACCGUGCUGGUGCCCUCAAGCAAUCUGCUCAUCGACUACCAUGACACCUCCUCCCCCUUCACCUUUGAGGUCUUGCAAGUCCCUUUUACCCAGAAGACCCUGGAUACCGUCAUGGAAGACUUCCUCUAUUUCUGGAUGAAUGAGAUGCCUAGUCUCUCCCCCUGGCAGAUCAUGUGGAAGAUGAAAGAGGACCUGGAGGUCUUUACCAAUAUGUCAAAGCAGACCUGUGACACCUUGGUGAUGAAUCCUCAGCUGAUAGCAAAGCUGCAGCAGGCCAAGUUUGAUGUUCUGAUUGCUGACCCCCUGGCUAUAGGUGGUGAGCUUGUAGCAGAAAUCCUUGAAAUCCCCUUUGUCUACAGCAUCCGCUUCUCUGCUGGGAACGUGGCAGAGCGGCUUUGUGGUGGGCUCCCAUCCCCACCUUCUUACGUGCCUGCUAGCACAGUGGAGCUGACAGACCGCAUGUCCUUUGUGGAAAGACUACAGAACUUCCUCUUUUACCUUUACAUGGAUUCAUUUUUCUUGAAGUUUUGGCAAGAUGAAUUGGAUGGGUACUACAGUAAUGUCCUAGGAAGGCCCACAACCCUGUGUGAGACGAUGGGGAAAGCGGAGAUAUGGUUAAUCAGAACGUACUGGGACUUUGAAUUUCCACGCCCUUUCCUGCCCAACUUUGAGUUUGUUGGAGGACUCCACUGCCAGCCUGCCAAGCCGUUACCAAAGGAAAUGGAAGAAUUUGUUCAGAGCUCAGGGGAACACGGCAUCGUGGUAUUCUCUCUGGGGUCGAUGGUCUACAACCUAACUGAUGAAAAAAGCAACGUGAUUGCCAAAGCCCUCAGCCAGCUUCCACAAAAGGUCAUCUGGCGGUACAAAGGGAAAAAACCAGAAACUCUGGGCUCCAACACCAGGAUUUACGACUGGAUACCCCAAAAUGAUCUGCUUGGCCAUCCCUUGACGAAGGCCUUUAUGACUCAUGGUGGGACCAAUGGGAUCUAUGAAGCCAUCUACCAUGGGAUCCCCAUGGUUGGGAUUCCCCUGUUUGCUGACCAGUAUGACAACAUUGCUCACAUGAAGGCAAAGGGAGCUGCAGUUGGGCUGGAUUUCAGCACGCUGAAGACGCAGGACAUAGUUGACGCACUGAAUACGGUCAUUAACAAUUCCACCUAUAAGGAAAACGCUCUAAGGUUAUCUAAGAUACACCACGACCAGCCAGUUAAGCCUCUGGACAGAGCUGUCUUCUGGAUUGAAUUUGUCAUGCGUCACAAAGGAGCAAAGCACUUGAGACCAGCUGCUCACCAUCUCACCUGGUACCAGUACCACUGCCUGGAUGUUCUGGCAUUCCUCUUCACCUGCGCAGCCACUGCAAUCUUCAUCCUUGUCAAGUGCUGCUUAUUUUGCUGUAGGAGACGUGGCAGGAUUACAAAGAAGAAGAAAGAAUAGACAUCCUGUUCCCAUCAGCACUUUUUCUUCUCCUAGGUUGAUUCAGCAAGGCACUCAGGCACAUUCCUUGGUGAAUAAAAUUAUUAGGUUAUGCUUUAA